AUGAUGGAAAUGUUUAUGAGCUAAUUAAAUAAAAGUACACACUUACGUAGGAGAUAAAAACUAAGAUUACUUUGUGGAAGUAAUUGUUCAUGUGACCACUGGUAUAGUUUUUGCAGUCGUUGCUAAAGUGGUCCUUAUUAUUAAUCGGGAAAUAAUUGCUAUAGAUGCUAUACAACAUGUGCUUCUUGCUAAAAGGGAGGUUAAUAUGAUUGUUAAAGUUGUAAUAAUGGAUAUUAUUUAUUUACUGAUUCCUCAUGUGGUGUAUGUAAUACAAAUAAUGGGUAUUAUAUAAGUGGUUCUUACUGCUAUCCUUGUCAUUCUUCAUGUGCUACGUGUUAGGCAGGGGGAAACUAAAAUUGUUUAACAUGCCCAAGCGGAAACUACUUGUAUUAUAAUAACACUUGUAGUACUUGUGUUAGUGGUUAUUUUACAUAAGGAAUUUAUUGUAUUCAGUGCAAUUCUUCGUGUUCUACUUGCAAUGGCCCAAAUAAUAAUAACUGUAUUACAUGCCCUGCAAGUAAAUAUUUAUUUUAAGAUAGGACUUGCAAUAAUUGUAAUAUAAAUAGCGGUUAUUACAUUAAUGGAAAUAAUUGUUUACCUUGCCAUACAUCAUGUGCAACUUGUAGUGGGCCAUAUAAUAAUAAUUGUUAAAGUUGUCCUUCUGGUAAAUAUUUAUAUUAAAAUGGCAUAUGUGAUGUUUGUAAUACCAAUAGUGGUUACUAUAUAAAUGGCAUAUAUUGCUCACCCUGCAAUCAAUCUUGUAUGACUUGUAAUGGACCAAACAAUAAUAAUUGCUUAAGUUGUCCAUCAGGAAAAUAUUUAUUUUUGAAUGGUAUGUGCAAUACUUGUAAUACCAAUAGUGGCUACUACAUAAAUGGAGGUAAUUGCUCAUCAUGCGAUUCAUCAUGCACUACUUGUAAUGGAAAAAAUAGCACUAAUUGUUUAACUUGUCCUACAGGAAAAUACUUAUUUGCUAAUAACAGUUGUAAUGAUUGUAUUACCAGUAACGGAUAUUUCAUAAAUGGCAAUUCAUGUACUGCUUGUGAUUAAUCUUGUGCAACUUGUAAUGGAUCUUAAAAUACUAAUUGUUUAACUUGUCCAACAGGAAAAUACUUGUUUUUGAAUGGUACUUGUAACAUUUGCAAUACUAAUAAUGGAUACUAUAUAAAUAGUAAUAAAUGUUUUCCUUGUGACUCAUCUUGUGCCACUUGUAAUGGGCCAAAUAACUAAAAUUGUUAAAGCUGUCCUUCAGGAAGAUAUUUAUUUUCUAAUGGUGUAUGUGAUAUUUGUAAUAUUAGUAGUGGUUAUUACAUAAAUGGUGGAAGUUGCUCACCUUGUGAUUCAUCAUGCUCUACUUGUAAUGGAAAAAAUAGCACUAAUUGUUUAACUUGUCCUACAGGAAAAUACUUAUUUGCUAAUAACAGUUGUAAUGAUUGUAUUACCAGUAACGGAUAUUUCAUAAAUGGCAAUUCAUGUACUGCUUGUGAUUAAUCUUGUGCAACUUGUAAUGGAUCUUAAAAUACUAAUUGUUUAACUUGUCCAACAGGAAAAUACUUGUUUUUGGAUGGUACUUGUAACAUUUGCAAUACUAAUAAUGGAUACUAUAUAAAUAGUAAUAAAUGUUUUCCUUGUGACUCAUCUUGUGCCACUUGUAAUGGGCCAAAUAACUAAAAUUGUUAAAGCUGUCCUUCAGGAAGAUAUUUAUUUUCUAAUGGUGUAUGUGAUAUUUGUAAUAUUAGUAGUGGUUAUUACAUAAAUGGUGGAAGUUGCUCACCUUGUGAUUCAUCAUGCUCUACUUGUGAUGGAUCAAAUAAUACUAAUUGCUUAACAUGCCCCUUAGGAAAAUAUUUAUUUGCAAAUAAAAGCUGUAAUAAUUGUAUUACAAGUAAUGGAUAUUUCAUAAAUGGUAAUUCUUGUGUUGCUUGUGAUCAAUCUUGUGCAACAUGUAAUGGGUCUUUAGCUAAUAACUGUUUAACCUGUUCUUCAGGGAAAUAUUUAUUUUCUAAUAGCACAUGUAAUAUUUGUAAUACUAAUAGUGGUUAUUAUAUUAAUGGUGGUAGUUGCUUUUCUUGUGACAUUUCUUGUGCUACUUGCAGUGGAAAUUAAAAUACAGAUUGCUUAAGUUGUCCUUCUGGUAAAUAUUUAUUUUUAAAUGGAAUUUGUGAUAAUUGUAAUAUAAAUAAUGGUUAUUAUGUAAAUGGGAUUAAUUGUUCAUCUUGUGAUUCAUCUUGCAUGACUUGUAGUGGACCAAAUAGUAAUAAUUGCUUAAGUUGUCCUUCAGGAAAAUAUUUAUUUUAGAAUGGAACUUGUAAUAUUUGUAACACAAAUAAUGGCUUCUUCAUAAAUGGUGGUUAUUGUACUCUUUGUAAUUAAUCAUGCUCUACUUGCAGUGGACCAAGUAGUAAUAAUUGCUUAACUUGUCCUUCAGGAAAAUAUUUAUUUGCUAAUAAUAGUUGUAAUAACUGUAUAGCAAGUGAUGGAUAUUUUAUUGAUGGUAAUGCUUGUACUGCUUGCGAUCAAUCUUGUUUAACUUGUAGUGGUUAAUCCUCUAACAGCUGCUUAAGUUGUCCAAAUGGAAAAUAUUUAUUUAAUAAUUUUAGUUGCAAUAUUUGUGAUGUCAGUAAUGGUUUCUAUAUAAAUGGAAUUAAUUGUUAUCCAUGCGAUUCUUCUUGUUUGACAUGCAAUGGCCCUUCCUCUAAUAACUGUUUGAGUUGUCAUUCAGGAUAAUAUUUAUUUGCAGAUUAAUCAUGCAGAGCUUGUGAUACCUCCAAUAAAUUCUAUAUAAGUGGAAUAAAUUGUGUUUCAUGUAACUCUUCUUGUUAAACUUGUAAUGGGUAAUCUCCUAAUAAUUGCUUGUCUUGCCCUCAAGGAAAUUAUUUAUAUGCAGAUAACUCAUGUAGUAGUGUAUGUGAUAUAAAUAAUCAGUAUUUUAUUGAUAAUUCUAAGUGUAUUGCUUGUCACUCUUCUUGCUUAACUUGCAAUGGACCUACUCUUAAUAAUUGUUUAACUUGCUCGGAAGGAAAAUACUUAUUUUAAAAUAAUUCUUGUGAUUCUUGUGAUAUAAGUAAUGGCUACUAUGUUAAUAAUACUAAAUGCUUAGCCUGUGAUUCUUCAUGCGUGACAUGUAGCGGUUCAACCAAAAAUCAGUGUCUCACAUGUCAAAAUGGUAAAUACCUAUUCACAGAUAAUUCUUGUAAUGUUUGCAAUACAAGUAAUGGAUAUUUUAUUAAUGGUGUUAAUUGCUUAAAGUGUGAUCCUUCAUGUGCGACUUGUAAUGGAUCACUUUUAACAAAUUGUAUUUCAUGUCCUCCUUCAACCUACCUAUUCAUUGAUAACUCUUGUAAUUAAUGUAAUACAGCUAAUGGUUAUUAUGUAAAUGGGAAUAAUUGUCUUGCUUGUGAUUAAUCUUGUGCAACUUGUAAUGGUUCAACUCCAAAUAAUUGUCUAACUUGUACUUCUGGAUAAUACUUGUAUCAAGAUAAUUCUUGCAAUAUUUGCAAAAUAAAUAAUGGUUAUUUUAUUAGUGGUAAUAAUUGCUUAAAAUGUGAUCUUUCUUGUUAAACUUGUAGUGGAUCUAAUAAAAAUAAUUGCUUAACUUGUCCUCUAGGUAAUUAUUUGUAUUCUGACAAUUCAUGCUAGAAUUGUGAUACAAGCGCAGGUUUUUAUGUUUAAGGUAUAAAGUGUUUGGUUUGUGAUUUAACUUGUAAAACAUGCAGUGGAGGACUAUCUACAAACUGUCUGACCUGCCCAGAUUAAAAAUAUUUAUUCCUGAAUAAUACUUGUGGUGCUUGCAACACUUCUAAUGGGUAUUAUAUUAAUGGAAUUUAAUGUCUAACUUGUGAUCCAAAUUGUUUGAAUUGUAAUGGUCCAUCAGCCACUAAUUGCUUAACAUGCCCUUCAGGAAAGUAUUUAUUCUAAGAUAAUACAUGUAAUAAUUGCAUAACUGAUAAUGGAUAUUUUAUAAAUGGGUAAAAUUGUGUACCAUGUAAUAAAUCAUGUAAAACAUGCAAUGGGCCUUUAGAAUCUAAUUGUUUAACAUGCCCUUCAGGUCAAUAUCUAUUUAUUGAUAAAACUUGCAACAUUUGUAACACAAAUAAUAGUUAUUAUAUUGAUGGUAUUAAUUGCUUUGAGUGCAAUUAAUCUUGCUUAACUUGCAAUGGCCCUUCAUAAAAUAAUUGUUUGUCAUGCCCAUAACAAAAAUACUUACACUCUGACAAUACUUGCAAUACCUGUGAUAUUUAAAAUAAUUUUUUUAUUAGUGGAAAUAAUUGUAUUUCCUGUGAUUCUAGUUGUGCAACCUGUAAUGGGUCAACUUCAAAAAAUUGCUUGACUUGUCCUUAGCAAAAAUAUUUGUUUGCUGACAAUAGCUGUAACUUAUGUAAUACAGCAAAUGGUUUUUUUAUUUCUGGUGUUAGUUGCUUGUCAUGUGAUUCUACAUGUGCAACUUGUAACGGCUUACAAACAACAAAUUGUUUAUCGUGUCCUAAUGGUAAUUAUCUUUAUUCUGAUAAUUCUUGCAAAAAAUGUGAUAUUAAUAAUGGAUAUUACAUUAAUGGAAUAAACUGUCUUAAAUGUGAUUCUGCAUGCUCAAAUUGUUAAGGACCUACUUCUAAUGAUUGCUUAAGCUGUCCUCCUUAAAAAUAUUUAUUUUUGAACAAAAAAUGUGAUAGUUGCAAUGUGAAUAAUGGCUUUUAUAUAAGUGGCAUUAGCUGUUUGCCAUGUGACUCAACAUGCUUAACUUGCUAAGGAUCUUCCUCAAACAACUGUCUAUCUUGCUAGGUUGGAAGCUACUUACAUCCUGAUAACUCAUGUAAUAGUUGUGAUAUAUCUAAUGGUUAUUAUAUCAAUGGAACUAAUUGCUUAAAAUGUGACUUGUCUUGUAAAACUUGUAAUGAUGGAUCUCAAAAUAGCUGUUUGUCAUGUAAUAGUGGAAAUUACUUGUAUUCUGAUAAUUCUUGUAGCAUUUGUGAUACAACUAAGCAAUAUUAUAUUGAAGGAAAUAAAUGUUUAGUAUGUGAUAAUUCUUGUUUAAGUUGUAAUGGCCCUUCAUCAACUAACUGCUUAUCUUGCAAAGAUGGAAACUAUCUAUUUUCUAAUAACUCUUGUAAUACAUGUGACACAGUUAAUGGGUUUUAUAUCAGUGGAAAAAAAUGUCUUAUUUGCGAUUAAAGUUGUUAGUAAUGCAACGGUCCUUUUUUUAACAACUGUACAUAAUGUCCUCCCUCAAGAUAUUUGCAUUCUGAUAAUACAUGUAAUUUAUGUGAUUUAAAUAAUGGUUAUUUCAUUAGCGGUAUUUAAUGCUUAGCUUGUCAUAAUACUUGCUAAACAUGCUUUGGUUUGCUGUCAAAUAAUUGCUAAACUUGCCCUAUUGGAAGCUAUAUGUUUUAAGAUAAAUCAUGUGGGAGCUGUAAUACUAAUAAUGGAUAUUAUAUAAGUGGUAAUAAUUGUGUUCAAUGUGACUCAUCAUGCAAAACAUGCUUUGGAAUAUAAAAAACUAGUUGUUUAACCUGCCCAUCAGGAAAAUAUUUGUUUGCUGAUAAAUCUUGUGGAUUAUGUGAAGUAAGUAAUAAAUUUUAUAUUGACCAAAAUAAUUGCUCACCGUGUGGUUCUAACUGUUAAACUUGCAAUGGUCCAGCAUCUAAUAACUGUUUAACAUGCACAGCAGGUUUAUAUUUAUUUUAGGAUGGAACUUGUAGUUAGUGCUAAGUUAAUAAAGGAUAUUAUAUAAGUGGAAAUAAAUGCCUUCCUUGUGAUCAAAGCUGUUAAACAUGUAGCGGUCCUUCAUCUACGAGUUGCUUAACCUGUCCUUCUUAAAAAACACUAUACCCAAACAUGUCUUGUCAAUUUUGCGAUAUAAAUAAUUAACAAUUUAUUGAUUAAUAAAGUGGAUUCUGCUAUCAAUGUGAUUCAUCAUGCCAAACUUGUAAUGGAAAAACAAAUAAAAAUUGCACUUAAUGUAAACUUGGGCUCUAUUUCUUACCUGAUGGGUCUUGUGAUUCUUGUCCUGGAUAGGGCUUUUACAUAGAUGGAAAUUAUUGUAAGAAAUGUGAUUCAACUUGCUUAACAUGUAAUGGGCCUUCUAAGUCAGACUGCAUUACUUGUUUAUAUGCUUAUUCAUAUUUUGAUUAAAGUCAUUAUUGCUAAAAAUGCCAUUUAGAUUGUUAAACUUGUUCAGGAAGCUAGUAAAACUAAUGCUUGAAAUGCUUAAAUCCAAAUUUAUUUAUAACUAUAUAAAGUGGAAUUUGCGGUUUAUGUUAAUCUACAGAAUUUAAUGAUAAAACGAAGUGCAUAAAAUGCUAAAACAAUUGUCUAAGUUGUACUUCUCUUAAUACUUGUUCUUAAUGUGAAAAAGGAUAUUAUUACAAGAAUAAUAUGUGUAAUAAAUGUGAUGAUAAUUGUUUAUCUUGCAGUGAUUAAUAUCAAUGUAAUACUUGUGCUUCUAACUAUACUUUGUAUGAUGGGUUGUGCUUUAGCUGUAAAGAAGGAACUUAUUUAGAUUAGGCUAAAAAAAGUUGUUAAAGUUGUCAUUCUAAAUGCAAAAGCUGUUUUGGGCCAUCAGAAACCCAAUGUAUAUAAUGUGCUAAUCUUAAUUAGUUUUUCGAUUAGAAUAAUUAUUGUGUUGAUAAAUGUUUAGAUGGUUAUAUUAAAAAUCCUUAAACAAACAAAUGCUAAAAGUGUUUUUAUCUUUAGAUAAGUAAAACAGCAUCAACUUGUUUGCUCUAGUGUCCUGAAUCAUAUUAUUCUGAUUCAAAUAAUAUCUGUUAGAAAUGCGGUAUAAACUGUAUACAUUGCGAAAAUUCUUAAAUUUGUAUACUUUGUCAACCUAAAUUUAGUUUUUAAAGUGAAUCAUAAAGAGUUUGUACAACAUGUCAAUCAUUUGAAUAUGUAGAUAGCAAAAAUACCUGCUAAAAAUGCACAAUUACAAACUGCUUAGAAUGUGAAAGUAAAGAUAAAUGUACAACUUGUUUGAAAGAAUAUAAUAACAAAAUAUCAUAUUGCGAAUAUGAUACAAGGUAUGAAAACUAUUCAUGCUUGUAUAAUACUUAAAAGGAAUGUCUAUAAGAAUUAAAUAUCAUAACAAAAGCUGAUACAACCAUGCAGUCUGUUCAAGUUGCUUCAGUAACUUUUUAAGCUACAGCAACUUUUAUUCUUUCUUCUUCAGGGAAUUUAUUUUCAUACUCACUUUAAGUUUAGUAAUUGAUAGGAAACAUGAAAUUUUCUGGAUAAUUGAAAACUUUAAGCAUAGGUUCUACCUUCCUUGAUUAAGGAUAUUAAAUGAAUAUUCUAAGUCUAAUACCUUCUCCAAUAUUUUAGGGAAGUUAAAGCAAUAAUAAUUCAGACAACAAUAAAAAAUAUACUGACAAAAGAAUUUUAGAUUAAACAAAUGCUUCUUCUAGUGACUUUAGGAGAUUGAAUUCAAUUAAAUUAAGUCAAUUAUUUUUGAGUGACUUUAUAAAAUUUUUAGCAAUUGCAGCAAGUCUAAUAAUCUUUUUAGCGAUUGCUAAGUCUUUGAAGAAUAGGUUUGAAUUCUGCAGUGAAGUCAACGAAAAAAAUGUUUCAUAUUUAAUUAAACUUUAACUUCUUUUCUCAAAUUACAUUUUGAUUUCAAUUUUUAAUUCGUUCAAAUACUUAGAAUUUUAAAAUGUUAUUUAGAUUGUAAGUUUUUCUCUAUAAAUAACAUAUUUAAUAUGCUAUGGCUUGUUUUUAGUUUUCUUUUAUUUGAAGAUUAAGAAUUUCAAUAAAAAUACAGAUAUUUAAUAAAUCACAAAAUACUAUAGUUUAAUAGAUGGUCUUUAAAUAGAAAUUCCAUAUGCAAAAUACUUUUGGUUACUUUUUGAAAUAAAGAAAAUAUUGAAUUCUUGUUUUAUCUUUUUAAUCCCAAACUAAAUAGUCUCUUUAUGCCUAAUGUUAUCUCUAAACUUUGUUUUUUUUGUUUACAUUCUACACUACAAACCAAUUCUAGCUUAAUAAGAAUAAAGAUACUACUUAGCUCUUGAAUUUAUGCAGCUGCUAAUAUGCAUAAAUAUGAUUUUAGUUUCUUACUAUAACAGUAUUUACAUAGCAUGGUCUACAGUAAUUUGUUUAGGUCUUUUAUAUCUGAUAAUUUUGGUAUAUUCAGCUUUUGUAGUAAUACAAAUUUUGCAAAUCAAAUUUUGCAAAAAAAGAUUUAUUGUUUCUAAAAAAACAUAUUUUGAAGAAGAUAUCACAAAUAGGCAAAUAAAUUAAAUUAUGUAGUAAAAUUUACUAAGAGUAUAGAUAAGAUAAGGGAUUUCAUUUUCAAUAAAAGAUAAUUCACAAAACUAUACUUCAAAUUCAAUUGAGAGCUCAAGAAUAGAAUAUCUAGAUAACAUACAUUAGCUAUCUAUUAAAUGGAAUAAAAAUCCAAUUUAUACUAAAAAAGUAGCUUUAAAUCCAUUUAAAACAUCUUAAAAUUAUAUAUGA